AUGUUUACUUUCACUCCCUUGCUGGGCGCCCAAUCGUCGGCCUCAAAGGCAUCUCAGUCCAUUCUAGAGCUGGACGGAGGGGUCAAAAUCCUCGUAGACGUUGGUUGGGAUGACACAUUUGACCCGCUCGAUUUGGUGGAAUUGGAGAAACACGUCUCUACUCUCUCGCUGAUCCUUCUGACCCACGCAACGCCUUCGCAUAUCGGCGCCUAUGUCCAUUGUUGCAAGACAUUCCCUCUUUUUACCCAAAUUCCCGUGUAUGCGACAAGUCCUGUUAUCGCGCUGGGCCGCACCCUUCUGCAGGAUGUGUACGAGUCGGCGCCGCUAGCCGCGACCUUUCUCCCCAAAGCUUCUAUAUCCGAGCCUGGUGCCUCGACAUCUGCUGCGUCCGCCGCAUCUGUGACCGAGGCCGAUGGGAGUGCGGACGCAACCAGCGCUGGGCGGAUAUUGCUUCAACCUCCAACGACAGAGGAGAUUGCCAGAUACUUUGCCCUGAUUCAGCCACUGAAAUACUCUCAGCCGCAUCAACCGAUUCCGUCACCGUUUUCUCCUCCGCUCAACGGUCUUACACUUACUGCCUAUAAUGCCGGUCACACCGUGGGUGGAACAAUAUGGCAUAUCCAGCAUGGCAUGGAAUCUAUUGUUUACGCUGUCGAUUGGAACCAAGCUCGAGAAAGCGUCGUUGCAGGUGCUGCCUGGUUCGGAGGAUCUGGUGCGAGUGGGACGGAAGUCAUUGAGCAACUGCGGAAGCCUACAGCAUUGAUCUGUAGUACUCGCGGAGGUGACAAAUUCGCUCUUCCUGGCGGACGGAAGAAGCGCGAUGAGAUACUAUUAGAUAUGAUUCGGAGCACUUUGGUCAAAGGUGGCACCGUGCUGAUUCCAACGGACACAAGUGCGCGGGUGCUUGAGCUGGCAUAUGCGUUAGAGCAUGCCUGGCGCGACGCUGCUAGGGACACCCAAGAUGAUGUUCUGAAACGGGGUGGACUAUACUUAGCUGGUAGAAAGGUCAACACAACUAUGAGGCUUGCGAGAAGUAUGUUGGAAUGGAUGGAUGAGAGUAUUGUGCGCGAAUUUGAGGCAGCUGAAGCUGCAGAUACUGCUGGCCAGAACAAUGACGGCCAGCGUUCCGACCAACGCCAGGGCAAGACAGAUAACAAAGGCCUUGGCCCAUUUACAUUCAAGCACCUCAAGACUGUUGAGCGAAAGAAGAAACUCGAACAACUUCUUAAUGAUCCGACGCCAAAGGUCAUUCUUGCCUCUGACUCUUCUUUGGAUUGGGGAUUUGCGAAGGAGUCUUUGCGACUACUUGCCGGUGGUGAAAACAACCUUCUAUUACUUACGGAUCCACUGCAUUAUAGCAAGUUCUCCGACAAACACACCGAUUCUCAUCGAAGGACUCUCGGCAGCAUGAUUUGGCAAUGGUAUGAGGAACGACAAGAUGGAGUCGCCCUAGAAAAGGGCUCCGACGGUGAGAUGCUUGAACAGGUUCACAGCGGCGGAAGGGAGCUGUCAUGGACAGAUAUACAGCGCGCGCCGCUCGAGGCUGGAGAACAGCGACUAUAUCAACAAUACCUUGCCACCAAGCGGCAAUUUCAAGAUACAGCACAAGCGAGGGGCCAAGAAAACCUUGAUACUGCCGCCGACGCUCUGGACGAUCGUUCUAGCACUUCAUCCGAGGAAUCAGAUUCUGAACAGCAGGGACGAGUCUUGAACUUUUCGACAUCUCUGGCUCAUUCAAACCGCAAUAAACUCGGACUAUCUGACGAAGACCUCGGUGUUAACGUCCUCCUUCGGCGAAAGAAUGUCUAUGACUACGACGUCCGUGGCAAGAAGGGUCGGGAGCGAAUGUUUCCAUACGUAGCGCCGAGGAAAAAGGGCGACGAAUAUGGAGAGAUCAUCCGACCUGAGGAAUACCUGCGUGCAGAAGAGCGCGAGGAGAUUGACAUGCAGCAGCGCAGGACUGAAUCGCAGCUCAAGCUGGGCCAGAAACGCCGAUGGGACGAGACCCAAUCUGCUGGUGGAGCAGCACGGAAACAAGGCGUUGACAGCACUGAGAGAAAGGACACGGAUAUGCUUGAUAAUCUCAGCAUGACGGACAUAGGAGACGAUACGGACACGGCAGCAGCUCCAGGCGAGGAAGACGAUCAGGCAUUCGAAGGCCCAGCGAAAGCGAUCUAUGAAAAGGCCACACUUACCAUCAAUGCUCGCCUUGCAUUUGUGGACUUUACUGGCCUACACGACAAGCGGAGCUUGGAGAUGUUGAUCCCCUUGAUCCAACCACGCAAGUUGAUCCUAGUCGGUGGCAUGAAAGAGGAAACAAUGGCGCUUGCGACAGAAUGCCAGAAACUUCUGGGCGUAAAAACUGGUGCAGAUGCCCCUUCUCCAACGGCUGCGGUCAUAUUCACGCCCACCAACGGAGAAAUAAUCGAUGCCAGCGUCGACACCAGCGCUUGGACAGUCAAGCUAAGCAACAACCUCGUGCGGCGACUGAAGUGGCAGCACGUUCGCACGCUCGGUGUAGUUACUUUGACAGGGCAGCUGAAGGCACCGGAGCCUGUAUCUACCGACGAAGACGCAAUAAACUCGCCCAACAAGAAGCAGAAGCUAGUCGAAGAAACCUCGACCCCUGAACAACCCACACCAACAUUUCAACCCCAACCUACCGAGCCACAACAAACAACAGACAAACCUGACAGGUAUCCCGUCCUCGACAUCCUCCCGCCAAAUAUGGCUUCUGGGACAAGAUCAAUGACCCGACCACUGCACGUCGGCGAUCUUCGCCUGGCGGACCUGCGCAAGAUCAUGCAAAACGCCGGUCAUAAGGCAGAAUUCCGGGGUGAGGGAACGCUCCUCAUUGAUGGUUUCGUUGCCGUUCGGAAGUCAGGAACCGGGAAAAUUGAGAUCGAGGCAGCUGCAUAUCAGGCUGGGCCUAGUGCGGGCUUUGCGCAAGGAGCUGGCAGCUUCCUUGCUGUGAAACAGAAGAUCUACGAAGGGCUUGCUGUUGUGGCGGGCGGUUAG